AUGGUGCUCUGAACUGACAAAAGACAAUUGGUUUAAUACUGACAUACUGUAGGCUGUGGAAACAACAUACAACAUGAAGGAUUGAACAAAAGAGAAAAGCAUCCAAAGCUAUUGAGGUAUGUCAAGGAAAAAUAGAAUGGCUCCAGGAGGAAAAUGCACAAAAAUUACAGGACACAUUUUGACAUCACUAUCCAAUAAAAGGAUUUUACACACGCUCUUAAUUUCCAUCAUUAUUUUGGGAUGCUCUUUAACAUCAUGGUUGCUGUAUGUCAACCCAUCAAACACUUGGAUUUUUGGUCCCAUAUCUGUGACAAACCCGUUUAUGCCUACAGAGAAUGACACAAUAGUGCUCAUUUGGUUUUGGCCUUUUGGUCAGACAUUUGAGCUCAAUUCCUGUGAAUCUGAGUUUAACAUCCAUGACUGUUAUUUGACAGCGGAUCGAGAGAUGUACAGUAAAUCCGAUGCUGUCCUUCUCCAUCAUGGAGACAUAAGGAAGGAUUUGUCCAACUUGCCAACACAACCUCGGCCAGAUUUUCAGAAAUGGGUUUGGAUGAAUCUGGAGUCACCUACCAACACUCAACGAAAUAGUGGACUUGACCAACUCUUCAACCUAACUUUGACAUACCGGCAAGAUUCAGAUAUUCAAGUGCCUUAUGGGUCUCUAAUAGAAAACAAAGUUCCAUUAGAUUUUAAGUUACCCAAUAAAAGCAAUCUUGUGUGUUGGAUUGUAAGCAACUGGAACUCGGGUCAUGCCAGAGUGAAGUAUUAUAAUGAACUUUACAAAUAUAUUAAAAUCUCAAUUUAUGGUCAAUUCCUCUGGUUUCGCCUGAGCAAUGAAAAGUUGAUCCCUACAAUAUCUAAAUGUAAGUUCUACCUUUCCUUUGAAAACUCAAUACAUGAGGAUUACAUAACUGAAAAGCUCUUCAACGCCUUGCUUGCUGGCACUGUACCCGUGGUCUUGGGGCCAUCGAGAAAAAACUAUGAAAAUUACAUUCCAGCUGAUUCCUUCAUUCAUGUGGAUGAUUUCAAAUCAGCUCAGGAACUUGCAGCUUACCUGAACAUGUUGAAUGAUAAUGAGGACUUGUACAUGAACUAUUUCAAAUGGAGAAAGUAUUACACAGUGCGGAUGACUCAUUUCUGGGAUGAACAUGCGUGUAAAGUGUGUGAGAAUAUAAAACAGCAUCAAGAAUAUAGAUACUACUCUAAUUUAGAGAAAUGGUUUUGGGAUUAAAGUUGAAAACGUAUCUCCAAGACAUAGUAACUAUGGAAUCCAAUGGCCUUUUUCCAAAAAAUUAUUUAUUUCUUGAUUUAAAAAUGUAAAAGAUAGGUAUUUGUUUUGAGUUCAGUAAAGUGUGAGGUAGUAGACUGCCUGCCCAAUUGGAACACCUUCUGAUAUUCCAUUCCAUUUCAGCCCAUCCAAUACCACCA